GUAAGUUAGAGCUAAGAGACUGGGUUCUGCUGGGUUGAGUAUCAAAACUAGCAGACAGGCAGGGAAAAAACUCUCUCUAAUCCUAGCUCCCAGAGAAGCACAAGGGCAUUGCAACCAGCUUUGCCUAUGGGUCCUGGGCACCCAGGGCUACCACGAUGUCCUGGGCACCACCCAGGAAUUACUGCAAGGCCUGAAAUUCCUGGGGUUGCCACCCAGUCCCACAAGUCUGCAUUCCCUGGGAGAUGGGGUGGAAGGUAGCUAGCCCAGGAGAUGCAGAGCACAGCUAAUUACCUGUGGCACACAGACGACCUGCUUGGGCAGGGGGCCACUGCUACUGUGUACAAGGCCCGAAACAAGAAAUCUGGAGAGGUGGUUGCUGUAAAGGUCUUCAACACAGCGAGCUACCGGCGACCCCAGGAGGUACAAGUGAGAGAAUUUGAGGUCCUGCGGAAGUUGAACCACGAGAACAUUGUCAGGCUCUUCGCAGUGGAAGAGAUGGGAGGCAGUGGGCAGAAGGUGCUAGUGAUGGAGUACUGCCCAAGUGGGAGCCUGCUGAGCGUGUUGGAGGAUCCUGAGAACACAUUUGGGCUGCCGGAGCAGGAGUUCCUGGUGGUACUGCACUGCGUAGUUGCUGGCAUGAAUCACCUACGGGAGAAUGGCAUAGUCCACCGGGACAUCAAGCCUGGGAACAUUAUGCGUCUCAUAGGGGAGGAGGGGCAGAGCAUCUACAAGCUGUCUGACUUCGGGGCUGCCCGGGAGCUGGAUGACGAUGAGAAGUUUGUUUCUGUCUAUGGAACAGAGGAGUACUUGCACCCUGACAUGUAUGAGCGGGCAGUUCUUCGCAAACCCCAGAAAAAGGCGUUCGGGGUGACUGUGGAUCUCUGGAGUAUUGGGGUGACCCUGUACCAUGCAGCCACCGGUAGUCUGCCCUUUGUCCCCUUUGGUGGGCCACGACGCAACAAGGAGAUCAUGUUUCGAAUCACCACAGAGAAGCCAGCUAGGGCCAUUUCGGGCACUCAGAGACAGGAAAAUGGGCCCUUGGAGUGGAGUUACAGCCUCCCCAUCACCUGCCGGCUGUCCAUGGGGCUGCAGAACCAGCUGGUGCCCAUCCUGGCCAACAUCCUGGAGGUCCAACAGGCCAAAUGCUGGGGCUUUGACCAGUUCUUUGCGGAGACCAGUGACAUCCUGCAGCGAGUUGUUGUCCACGUCCUCUCCCUAUCUGGAGCAGUCCUGCACCAUAUCUACAUCCAUGCCCAUAACACGAUCGCCAUCUUUUUGGAGGCUGUAUAUGAGCAGACCAGUGUGGCCCCCAAACACCAGGAGUACCUCUUUGAGGGUCAUCUUUGUGUCCUGGAACCAAACCUCUCAGCACAGCAUAUUGCCCGCACAACUGCCAGGAGUCCUCUGAUCCUGUUCAGCAUGGCCAAGGAGACACCCACAGGGUUGUCCUUCAGGAACCCUGCUCUGGAUGUCCCAAAAUUCAUCCCCAAGGUGGACCUGCAGGCAGAUUACAGCACAGCUAAGGGGGUCCUAGGAGCAGGUUACCAGGCCCUGUGGCUGGCACAAGUCCUUCUGGAUGGGCAGGAGCUGAUGCUUCGAGGGUUACACUGGGUCCUGGAGGUCCUUCAGAACACGUGCCAGCAGACACUGGAAGUCACACAGACAGCCCUCCUCUUCCUCAGUAGCAGCCUGGACACUAAGAGGUUCAGCAGUGGGCCUGGCAUGCCUGAGUUCCAGGAACUAAAGGGGGCCACAGAACUGAGGUCCAAGCUACGAGCUUUAGCAGAAGUACUCUCUAGAUGUUCCGGAAAUAUCAUAGAGACCCAAAUGAGCCUGCGCUGCCUGAGCUCAGAGCUUUCGAAGAACCGGGAUCAAGUCCUUAAAGACAGAAGUAUUCAGCAGAUUCAGCAUUGUUUGGACAAGAUGCACUUAAUCUACAAACAGUUCAAGAAAUCUAGGAUGAAGGCAGGACUCAGCUACAAUGAGGAGCAGAUCCACAAGCUAGAUAAGGUGAAUUUUAGUCAUUUAGCCAAGAGGCUGCUGCAGGUGUUCCAGGAGCAGUGUGUGCAGAAGUAUCAGGCGUCGCUGGUCACACACAGAAAGCGUAUAAGGGAGGUGCAGAAGACCCGGAACCACAUGCAUCUCAUUGGUGGUUCUGUGGCUACCUGUAACACAGAAGCCCAGGAAACCCAGGAGAGCCUGAGCAAGAUUUUUGAUCAGCUCCUUCAGGACAGAACACAGGAGGCUCAGGCCUCACCAUACCCCAUGACUCCUCAUCCCAGCCCUGCGCUGAAGGACCUGGUGCCCCACAUGCAGGAGCUUUGUAAUGAGAUGAAGCUGCUGGCCUUUGAUCUCCAAGACAACAACCGCCUCAUCGAACGGUUAAGUAGAGUCCCACCAGCACCUGAUGUCUGAGCUCCGUGGAGUGCACGUGGCAUACAGAAGCAUUAGAAUCAUUCACACUGUUCUCCUGCACUGAGACUGAACCCAGGGCAAGCUCUGGUCCCAUUUCAUCAUCCUACCUCCCUCUUGGCCAUUGGCCAGAAAAAUAGCAUUACUUUGACUGCCUGUGCCCUUGGAAAGCAGCAUAGCUGGGACAGGAGCUGCUGGCCAUCUUGGUCAGUACCCAUAGGAGAGUCCAUAGCUGUUACCACCUUAUCUAAGCUCCAAGACUGCUCUUCCUCACCUAGUUCUGGAAAUCUGAACUGGGGCAGGCCAUGGGGAAAAAAGACUUAGCCCUCCCACCUCUCUAUAUGUGCCAGGGACCAGCAGGGAAGGCCACUUGGGUCUCCCCCAGGGUGUUGGAUCAGAAGACCUAAUCUCAGUCAUCUUUCUAAAGGUUUCCAAUUGAAGGAAGCCCCUUCCCAUGUUUCCUGAGUGUCACCACACUUGGCCACAGGCAACCAAGAACCGGACCGUCCUUCUGUUCUUGGUCUGAAUGAGCCUGUGGUUGAGAAAAGAGGUGGUUGAGGACGAAUGCCAGUGUUUGGGGAAUCCUUCCUCUGCCUUCCAUCCCUGAGGCACCCCUCAGUUCUGAGAUGCAGCUGGUCAGUGUCAAGAGGUAGCCAUACAACUGGAACCCAGAGCCCUAAAAAAGAGAACAGCCCUGCACAUUUAAGAAAUGAAAUAAACAUGCCCCCUUUUCCGA